CCUCGUCCUCGCCCCGCGGCCGCUGGCCGCCCCGGCCCCUCCCCUCCCCCGUGAGCUGCGCACCGCCGGCCGGCUGACCCAGCGGCCCGCGUCCGCGCCCUUGUCAGCCCGACCCCGCGGCGGGCUCCAGGCGGCCGGCAGCAUGAGCGGCGGCGGCGACGUGGUGUGCACCGGCUGGCUGAGGAAAUCGCCUCCCGAGAAGAAGUUGAGGCGCUAUGCCUGGAAGAAGCGAUGGUUUAUCCUGCGGAGUGGCCGGAUGAGUGGUGACCCAGAUGUUCUGGAAUACUACAAGAACGAUCACUCUAAGAAGCCCUUAAGGAUCAUCAACCUGAACUUCUGUGAGCAGGUGGAUGCAGGCCUGACCUUCAACAAGAAGGAGCUGCAGGAUAGUUUUGUGUUUGACAUCAAGACCAGUGAGCGCACCUUUUAUCUGGUGGCUGAGACGGAGGAGGACAUGAAUAAGUGGGUCCAGAGCAUCUGCCAGAUCUGUGGCUUCAAUCAGGCUGAGGAGAGCACAGACUCCCUGAGAAACAUGUCCUCUGCCAGUCACGGGCCCCGCUCUUCUCCAGCUGAGCUCAGCAGCUCCAGUCAGCACCUUCUUCGAGAACGCAAGUCCUCAGCCCCAUCGCACUCCAGCCAGCCAACCUUGUUCACCUUUGAACCCCCUGUGUCCAACCACAUGCAGCCCACCUUGUCCACCAGUGCGCCUCAGGAGUAUCUCUACUUGCACCAGUGCAUAAGCCGGAGAGCGGAAAAUGCAAGGAGUGCCAGCUUCUCUCAGGGCACCAGGGCCUCGUUUCUCAUGAGGAGCGACACAGCUGUACAGAAACUUGCCCAGGGCAAUGGACACUGCGUCAAUGGGGUCAGCGGUCAAGUCCACGGCUUCUAUAGCCUCCCCAAGCCAAGCCGGCACAAUACAGAAUUCAGAGACAGUACCUACGACCUCCCCCGGAGCCUGGCCUCCCACGGCCACACCAAGGGCAGCCUUACAGGCUCUGAGACCGAUAAUGAGGACAUAUACACCUUCAAGACACCCAGCAACACUCUAUGUCGGGAGUUUGGGGACCUCCUGGUGGACAAUAUGGACGUUCCAGCCACCCCACUCUCAGCCUACCAGAUCCCUAGGACAUUCACGCUGGACAAGAACCACAAUGCCAUGGCAGUGGCCACUCCUGGGGAUUCGGCCAUAGCUCCCCCACCCCGGCCCCCCAAGCCAAGUCAGGCAGAAACACCUCGAUGGGGCAGUCCUCAGCAGAGACCUCCAAUCAGUGAAAGCAGCAGAUCCGUCUCUGCCGCUGCCACCAUCCCCAGGCGCAAUACGCUCCCGGCAAUGGACAGCAGCCGGCUCCACCGAGCUUCUUCCUGUGAAUCCUACGAGUACCCCCAGCGAGGAGGAGAGAGUGCAGGCCGGUCUGCCGAGUCCAUGAGUGAUGCGGUCCGUUCUUUCCUGCCAGGGAAAACAGUUGUAGGCCGAUCAGAUAGCGCCAAUUCUGAGGACAACUACGUGCCCAUGAAUCCAGGUUCCUCCACCCUGCUGGCCAUGGAGCGAGCAGGUGAUAAUUCCCAGAGUGUCUACAUCCCCAUGAGCCCAGGACCCCAUCACUUUGACGCGCUUGGCUACCCCUCAACAGCCCUUUCUCUGCACCGGGGCCCCAGCCGAGGGAGUGAGAUCCAGCCACCCCCUGUCAACCGCAACCUCAAACCUGACCGGAAAGCAAAGCCAACACCACUUGACCUGAGAAACAACACUGUCAUCGAUGAGCUCCCCUUCAAGUCACCUGUCACCAAGUCUUGGUCGAGGGCUGUUCACACCUUCAACUCCAGCUCCUCCCAGUACUGCCGCCCCAUCUCCACCCAGAGCAUCACCAGCACAGACUCCGGAGAUAGCGAAGAGAACUACGUCCCCAUGCAAAACCCAGUGUCUGCGUCUCCCAUCCCCAGCGGCACCAGCAGUCCGGCCCCUAAGAAGAGCACGGGCAGCGUUGACUAUCUGGCCCUGGACUUCCAGCCGAGCUCCCCCAGCCCCCACCGCAAGCCGUCCACGUCCUCUGUGACUUCCGAUGAGAAGGUAGACUACGUUCAGGUGGACAAGGAGAAGACCCAGGCUCUGCAGAGCACCAUGCAGGAGUGGACGGACGUGAGGCAGUCCUCGGAGCCUUCCAAGGGCACCAAGCUGUGACACAGGGGCCACCAAGUCUGGGGAGGCGCCUGGAGGUAGAGUCACCGGAGCUGGCUCCUCCCCGUCUGCCCCCGCCCCCUUCUCUCCAGUUGUCCCCUCCACUCUGGCCUUCAAAGCACUUGAUGUCAGGGACCCUGAACACUUCUCCUGGGAGGUGAGGGCCUGAUCAAGGCACUACUCUGCCCACUCAGGGCCCACCUUUGAUUUUUAUCAGUAAUGGCCAUCCUCUACCCACCUUAGUUAGAGCUAUUGCCAAAAAGCAUCCUUCAGCCUCUUUCUGUCCUUUAGACCUAAAUACCUACUAGGCGUUGGGAGGGGCUGGGGCUCUGAGCCAGAUUCCACACCUCACAUACGGUCUUGGCCCUCAAGCCCUCUUCCCUCCAGCUACUGGGCUACCUCUCCUUAAGUCCCACAAGAUGCCACGUCAUCUCGCUGGUCCAAGGAGCCCAGGACCAGCAGACCAAAGUGGACAUGGACUUCUUCAUCCUUGUCUUUCUUGGUAGGGGAGAGGCAAGGCCACCAAAAGAUGGAGUUGAGAAGGAAGGUUAGAGGUGGUCUUGAGGGACAGAGGAAUGAGAUCCCAGGUGCAGAAGGCAGUUGAUAUGGGCAGGGGCCUCCUAACUUUGUAGCUGUUGUAGGUUGGGAGAGCCAAAAGAAUGAGGACAAAAGGAAGGAAAACGGAGGAUGGGCAACCAAAAACAAGGGGCAGGGGGUGACAAGGACCCUGUGGAGUCAGGGCCCCCAGGACUGUGGAGCUUACAGGCCCUCUUCCCUGGGCGUACCCACUAGAGGAGGCUUCGCUGGUGCUGGGUGUGCAGUGGGGGGAGGCAAGUGAUGCAGGGUCGGGAUGGAGCGUGGGGUGGACUGGAGGUGCUUUAGGGCCGUAUACCGUAGUGGGGAGGGUGCAGCGAGUUUGUGCAAGACAGGCCGUGGGCAGAUGACUGACAGAUGGGAGGCAGGGUAAGGAUGGUGGAGGUGGACAGUGCCUGGGGAUGCAGAGAGGAGCAGAAAGCGAAGGAGCCACGUGUGCAGGGCAGACCGAGGGCAGCGGGGAAAGCAGGCAGGGGAGAGUGGUGUCCCCAAGGAUGGGUAGGAGAGCAGGGGCUCGUGCCAGGGCCCAAUGGAGGUAUGAGUGUGGUGCCGGGAGCCCAUAGUGCUUGCCCAGUUCGUCUUACAGCUGUCGCUCCCUGCUAGCCCAGUGCCACACUGGACUCAGACCUGACCCUGCAGGGUACAGGAGGCAGGACCUCACCCCCCAGGUACUUUCUGGCAAGCUGGGGAGGAGGGACCCAAAUCUUCCAGAGUUGCAGAGUAACUGGGCAGAUCAGAUGUUUCGUCCAACCAUGGAUGAAGAGACCUCCUUCCUUUGGGAAAAAACUAAAAGACUUCCCACCCUGCCUGGUAGAGGUGGCUACCGGUCACCUAUCAGCCCUUGCAAGCCCACACCUGGCCCUUCUCUAAGACGCUCUGACCUGGCGGAAAUUAUUUUCUCAACAGUAGCCCGUCUCCUAACUCAGCUGCAUUUCGUAAUGCCUGCUGGGGCCAGGUUCUGGAAACACAGGGAUUAAUCAGUUUGUGCGCUUGAGAAGGCAGGGGUGGCAGGAGUCACGAGGGCAUUGGACAUUGGUAACGGCUGUGAGAGACUGGAAACAUUGAUGGAGAGCACAGGCAACAAGGCUACUUCUUCAGGAGGUUGGUGCAGAUCAGGCCGGAGGAGGUGGUAUCUAGGAAAAGGGGGUACCAAAGAUGGAGUUUUCUAGGGGAGGAGGGCAGGGCUGGGGGUCCAAUGGAGGAAGAAGGAAAAAAACUUGGAAAGCCUUUGGGAGUAUGGGUCCAAUCCUUCCCAAGCCCUGGGGCUGGUGGCAGUGACCUAUACCGUGUCCUGUAAGGCCCUCUCCAAAGAGUCUCCUAGGGCAGAGCGUUUAAUGGUGCUCCCCCUUAGCCCCAGGAUGCCCUAAUAAUGUCAGCACUUUCAGAACGUACCACAAUGUGAAUGAAAGUGGCUGCAGUCUUUAGAAACGGAGGUGUUCAGGUCUGAUGUCCAAGGAGGCCUCAGGGUUCGGGCUCUUCGUUCCUGUACCUCCCAGACCCUUGGGCUGGAAGUGGGGGAGGAGGGUAGAGAUGGCAGGAAGCCUAAGGGGAAAUGGGCCUGUUGAAGGUGGAGACUCGGGCUCACAGGCUUCAAACUGUCAGGUGACUAGUAUACAUCUGUCAGUUCUGUUUAAAAAGCUGAUCAAUGGCCCUCUCCCUGGUGGCCUGGCAAGGAUAGACCCCAGGUUGGGGAUGCCUUCCCAGCUGGCACAGCUCCCACGAGGACUCCUUGGGCCCGGGGCUCCACCUCUGCAAAGUUCAACUGGAGCAGGAACAAGCAGAGUGGGAAGGAGGGUUGCAGAGCGAUGGGCAAAAAAAGCCAGGUGUGAAGGGGCCACCAUCUUUGAAAGGGUGUUAGAUUAGCCCCUGAGGCCCUUCCGCGCUGAGCUGUGCUAAGGGAAAACUCCCAGCUCUGGAACAUCUUUCCCAGGGCCUGACUCACCAGGGAGGGGCAGCACCCAGAGUAUUAAUCAGUUGACCUAGCCCCCUCCCCAAGAUGGACUUCAGUGACAUCUACAUUGGAAACCCUUCAGCUAUGCCCUGUUCCUAGGAGAGAAGCACAACUAUUCUGGAGCGAGUGGAGCAAGGGCUCCACUCCAGCCUGCCCCCUUUAUUUGCUGCAGGGCUACAGCCUUGGCCGACCAGUCUCUCCCCCUGACCCCCUUUUGACAGAGCUCUGGACUCAAGAGGACAGGGUGGAGGCAAGUUAGCACUUGGUCUACAAAGAGGGAAGCGAGGCUGGGCAUGAAGCUCCUGCAUUCUGGGGCUCCCCAAGCUCCCUGGAUGGCCUGAGGGGCCCCCUGGAGAUUCAGGAUGUCAUGUGAUAGUUGGUGGUGUGUAUUCUUGUGUGUUGGUUACACGUGUCUUGAAAUUUAGAAUCAUGUCGCACAGAAUUGUCUAUUUGUUGGGAAGAGAAAAUGGGCUGGCAGCCCAGUCUUAGGUUCUUGCCCUGUUAGACCAUUUAAAAUUGACAUUUAAUUUUUCAAAUCACUGUUGGUGCCUAAUCACUUAAGUUAUUAAUUUAUUCUGUUUUCUUUAAAAAAAAAUUUGUAACAUGUAUUUAUCCUCUGUGAGUAGGGGUGGGGUGGGAGUGUGUUCCAGUGGGUCCUGUUUUUGCUGUGGUGACACAUGGUACAGGCCUGGAGCUUGCAGGUCCCUUUUUACUGUGGUGUUGGAGCAGGACAACAAUAAAGUCCAUUAGAAGCAAAUGGAGACGGCUGCUGGAGCUUGCCUCAUCUGAAGGGGAUGGAGUCCACACGCACUCACACCAAGCCUGGGUGCUCCAGUGGACACCAGUUUGCUCCCUUUCACUUUAAUAGUAAGUAACUGGGCACCUGUCCUGACUGGGAACAAGAACGAAUCCUCCUUACCUUGGAAUUUGUAUUCCUCAUGUACAAAAUGGUGCACAGAGCAUAGAGAGGAAUUCUGAGAGUGACUUGGUCUCUGACAGACUAUGGGUCCAGCUUCUAGUCCACCGGCUCCAGCACAGGCCUAAGCCCCUGGCCACACCACUGCCUCCCUCCCUUCUCUGCCCUCUCAAAGACGACGGGCAGCGUUGGUGGAAAGGACUCAUGCAUGCCUUUCCAGCUCCAAGAAUGAGAUGGCAUCUGGGGAAGGACCUGGGUGCAGGCCCAGGGAGCUGCCUCCCACCUUUCCGGGGCCAGAUGUGUCCCAAGAGGGGCCACACACUGGCCCCAAGUACUCAAAGGAAGGAGGUAACAGCACUAGCCAGUUCGGAGCAGUCUAGAGCUCUCAGGGUCUGAAAAAUCCCCAGAUGCAAGGGCUUUGGCUUCACCUGAGAGGUGAGUCCCUUGGACAGUAUCCCAUAGGGCAGCCCCCAGCCUGGGCACCUGUCCCGCCUCUCAGGAUACUGAACGUGUUCUCCCUUCUGCCCGCACCCGAGUAUGCCCCCCACCACCGGUCCCACCCCACUCUGCCCUCUGGGCAGAGUCCUCACCUUUGACUUAAAAGCGUGCGUUCACCUCCCAUGGCAUGUCACUACUGCCCAGACACAGCAAGAACCUAAGGGCAUGGCAGACAUCACAGCCACUGAGGCAGGAAGAAUGACAUCUUUGAAGGCUUCAGAGAACCUAUUUUUAUUCCUGUUUGAGACCCUGAGUCUCUCCUCUCCAUUUAGAAGGGUACAGCAGUGUCAGGGCACAAUGAGGUCAAUAUCUGCUCCUCUACCAAACCACCCCCACCAGCCCCCAGGCCACACUCUAAAGCCAACUGAUGAGGAGCUGAGCCAGCCAGCUUUCCUCAGGACGGACAAUGGCUUCGCGAGCAACACAAACACAUUUGCAGUAAAAUAAGGAUUCUCUAUCUUCACCAGAAAGGGGAUGCAAAAGGUGGCAUCUCAGGCACUGAGGCAGGCUAGGGGGGAGGGGGACUGGGGAGUAAGGGUCUCCCGCUGUGGCGAGGGGACUGUGCUCCCCUCUACGCACCACUGUUUGGUGUGGAGGGAGACCGUCUCUGAUCCUGUGCCAGGCUGCUUCCCACCUCCACUCCUCUCAAAAAAGUACAACGGGUGCAGGCAACCACACACAGUGCCUCUGAAACCCCCCUCAGAGAAACAAGAAGGUGGCCACCGCUGUGACACACAGGUCCCCACAUGCUGCUCUGCUUUUUGUAGUAGAGAGCAAUAGGAUUGUCUGAAAGGAGCUAGAAGGGAAAUGCUACUUGAUGCCAAAACACUAGAGCUGUGGAGUUCAGCCCUGCUGGGGAGACAGGGGGACAAGGCCCAGACAGUGUCCAUCGAAGCUGCUUCAAGUUGACCAGGACACUUGGGUGUAAAAUCUUAAAGGGGCUGAUCCCAGUGUCAGGGGUUUGGGGCUCACCUCCAUAUCCGAGUCUCUGCAGACCCUUCAGGCUGAGGACCGGUGUCCCAGAAGCUUCCUCUCCACCUCUCCCGCCUCCUCAGACCCCACCUGGCAGAGCGCCUCUGUCCCCACCCAGUUCCCAGAGGGAAGGGGUCAAGGCCUCCCCUGAGGUUUCAGGCUGGGGAA